ACAUGGCCGUCAGUAUAAAUGUUCGCCGCGGAACGGGCAGGGUCUCGGGAAGUUUAACUCCGAAUGCACUGAUUGUCAACCCUGUUGUCUUUCAGAGUCAAACUGUGCUCAACUUCUUGCAAAAUGUUUGCAUUUACAAUCUUUUAGACGAAAAAUAUAGUGGAUUUCAGCAAGUUUCUAUCCAUACGGAUACUGCUGCUGUCUCAAAAGAGGUUGCUUCAGUUCUCGACUUGACAUGGCAGCAUCCGGUUGAAGGGUGUCAUCCUAAGGGAAAUAUUUACCGCCGACCUCCAGCUGACGUAGACAAACCCGUCUGAUUUCUUCACAUCUACAUUGCCAUUAAAGCAAACGUAUGACCACGAGAUUAGAUCGCCUGUUCCUGUUGCUGGACACAGGGUCUACGCCUCUCAUCCGGAAGUCUGCCGCUGACCAGCUUGGAGAGGUGCAGAAGCUGCAUCCUUAUGAGCUCCACAACCUUCUGUCCAAGAUUCAUGGCUACCUGUGCAGCAGUAACUGGGAGACUCGUAUUGCUGCAGGGUUAGCAGUAGAAGCUAUUGCCAAACAUGUCCCGCAGUGGGAACCCAGAGGAGCUCCCAAAUCAGAGUUCCCGUCACCCUCAUCAGCACAUGUGGCCGGGCGCAUCUUGUUCUCCCACUUUGACAUCAACAAGGUGUUGGCAUAUGGAACAUCACUGCUCGGCUCUGAGGGCGCCCAGUAUGAUGUGGACAUGUCAGCUAUGGCUCUGGGUGACCAAGAGUCCCUGAUACGACAGAGGCAGCUGCUGAACAAACGCCUUGGGCUGGAUAUAGCUGGUAACCUUGGGAUUGACACCGACAAUAUCUUCAAUGAUGAAGAUCUCAUGGCUGCCCAGAGCAAUGGGCAGUCCAGUAGCAAGAACAUCUGUAGCCAGCCCGUUGCUGAAAUUGUGAAGCAGCAGCUCCUGGAUGUGAUGGGCGGGAUGAGUGCCCGGGAACGCAACAGGGCCAAGCGGAGGGCAAAACACAUCAUGAAACAGAAAUCUCGGGAGUCCCAGAGUUGUGAUGGCAGUACAGAAAACGAACCUCCAACCAAGCGACAGCGUCCGACCACGCCAUCAAGUGAGGAUGGAGUUGAUGACAAGCUGGUCAUAGAUUCCUCAGACACCACACUGAACUUUGAAGAGAUGGAAGAGUGGCCAUUUGAGUCUUUCUGUGAGUUGCUGAUGAAUGACUUGUUCCACACGUCGUGGGAGACGAGGCACGGGGCAGCGACGGGACUUCGGGAGGUCAUCAAGCUGCAUGGAAGAGGGGCAGGGAAGACAAACGACACACCGGCCGACCAGUUGCCUGCUGUCAACCAUAUAUGGCUGUCUGACCUUGCCCUUCGUGUUCUAUGUGUUCUUGCUCUAGAUAGAUUUGGCGACUUUGUGUCCGAUGAGGUGGUAGCUCCAGUCAGGGAGACAUGUGCUCAGACACUCGGUGUCAUUGUCAAGUAUCUGGAUAUGCAGGAAGUGGAGGGCAUUGUGGGAGUUUUACUACAGUUGUUGGGUCAAGGCCAGUGGGAGGUCCGACAUGGAGGACUGCUUUGUCUCAAAUAUCUCCUUGCAGUCAGACAGGACAUGUCAAAUGCAUUGUUGCCCAAGGUUCUUCCGGCUGUGUUUCUGGGACUGCAAGAUCCUGACGAUGAUGUGAGAGCAGUUGCGGCUGCUGCUCUUGUUCCUGUUACAGACACACUCGUCAUGCUGAUGCCAGAACAGACGCCCCAUGUGAUCCGAUGUUUAUGGGAAACCUUGCUCGACCUCGAUGAUCUAACUGCUUCAACCAACUCCAUCAUGACGUUGCUGUCAACACUGUUAGCUCAUCCCAAGACAGCCGCAACAGCAACUGUAGCUGAAUCCCUGUCUCAGCUGACACCUCGCCUCUUCCCAUUCCUGCGUCACAAUAUUGUGUCUGUGCGGCGUGCCGAUCUGCAGACACUGUCAACACUCCUCACCAUCGCCACCCCCGACACAAAACAGCCGGUGGUGCGGAGCUGGCUGUGUCCCAUCCUCCAGGAAGUGUUGCGUCACGUCUUCCAGCGGAGUCUGCUGGAGGAGCGUCAGGAGCUGCUGGACCUGGUACAGAAGGUGUGGAGUCAGCUGCUCAGGUGCGCUCCCCUCGACUACCUGGUGGCCGCUGUCAUGCCCUGGCUCGGGGUCUGGCUGUGCCUCCUCAUGCAGCCUGCUAGCAUCCCCUUUGACCCCCAAUACCUCAUAGAAGCCAAGCAUCGUGUUCGGGAUCAGCAGCACAGUCGGGUACGCUCUGUCCAAGAGGCCGCAACAGUGAAAGAACAGAAAGAUUUUAUAGGUGGCGCCGAGACGGUCAACAGUGCCACUGUAGAAAGGGAUGCUGUCGUAAUCAACGCCAGACAAACUGCAGCUAAAUUACUGGGUGAGUUGGUAUACUUUAUUACGAUGCCAAUCCCCAACUUCCCUGCUGAUGUUGAGAAACCUGUUGAAUCACUUGCCAAACUGUUUGUCUUCCAUCUCAACACCAAGUCCGCCCAACAACGUUUCGUCGUAGCACAAGUAGUCUACCAUUGGUGUCGGCACAGUUCUGCCUGUGAAUGCCCCGCAGAUGUAAAAACCAAAAUCCUAGAAUGUUUAGGUGAAGCAAUAUACUUUGAUGAAAUAGCAAUAUCGUUCACUCGGAUGCAAUCAGACUGUCAGGACUUCAUCGCCAGUCUCCGACAGCAGGGGAUCGCAAUAGACUCUAUCUUCCAACCAGGAGCGAUAUUGACCCUUGAGCAGGCAAACCACCUCACCAUGGGUUUGUUUGAGCAGGUGAAAGGGUCCAUCAAGCCUCGGUCGCUGCAGACGCUGGAGGAUCGACGCAAGCAGCUGCAGGUGACAGUGGACCAGACCAGCCAUGAGCAAAACACACUGACUAUACGGGUACUGAGUAGCCUUGCUCUGGCGGCGGUUGUGCUGGACGCACUCCCAGAGAAACUGAACCCGGUCAUCAGACCACUCAUGGACAGCAUCAAGAAGGAGCAGAACCGGAGUCUCCAGAGUGAAGCUUCCAAAGGUCUAGCGUGGCUACUGAGUAAAUGUGUGCAGCGAAACCCAAGUCCAAAUUCCAAGGUGCUCAAGAACUUAUGUGCAUUCCUCUGCUGUGACCCCUCAUCAACCCCCAUUGUCUCACAACCAGGUGUACAGAAACAUUCAGAACCACAGGCUCACGAGAUGACGUGUGACGUUCACACUGGCAUCCUGACCCUGACUAACAUGCAGAAGGCCCCAGAGCGUAGUCGGAGAUGGUACAAGCGGAGUGUCAGUGUAAAGGUGGACUCAGAAGGAACUUGUGAAAACAACUCAGAAGUCGAGAAGCAGCUCCGGAUACAGCGCCAGGGGUCAGAGAGUGCCUUGUUCACAAUAUGUCAACAUUUCGGUCACACCCUGCCAGACAAUGCUCCUUCACUCUGGGAAACCUGUACUGCAGCAUUCCAACAUAGAAUAGAUAAUAGCCACACUGUAGAAUCAGCUCAGGAGUUGGUGAACUCUCUACAAGUAUUGGAGACGAUAGGUCCAGCUCUUCACAAUGAUCUCAUAGAAACUAUAUUUAGUCAACUGGAAUCCAUUAGGUCCUGUGUAGAGAGUAAGUACACAGGCGUGCGGCACAUGGCAGCCAGAUGUUUCGCCAUGUUGACGCAGCUACGCACCACGGUGUUGAUGAUGUUCAUCAUAGAUGAGAUACUGCUGAUGCUGGGAGCUACAGACAGCGAGAUGAAGAGACAGGGGGCGGUAGAGACCUUUGCCAACGUCAUCGAUGUGCUGGGGAUGGAGCUGGUGCCAUAUGUAGUGCUGCUGGUUGUGCCGAUCUUGGGACGUAUGUCCGACCAGAAUGAGGCUGUACGCCUGAUGGCUACGUACUGCUUUGCUUCUCUCAUCAGACUCAUGCCCCUUGAGGCUGGCAUCCCGAGAUCCCCCGAGAUGACGGCAGCGAUGGUGGCAAGGAAGGAGAAGGAGAGGCAGUUCCUGGAGCAGCUCAUGGACAGCUCCAAACUCAAGAGCUACGAAAUCUCCGUCCCAAUCUUGGCCGAACUACGCAAAUAUCAGCAGGAUGGUGUGAACUGGCUGGCCUUCCUCAACAAGUACCAGCUGCAUGGCAUCCUGUGUGAUGACAUGGGGCUGGGGAAGACCCUUCAGUCCAUCUGCAUCCUGUCCAGCGACCAUCUCCGCCGGGAACAGGAGUAUACGAAAUCAUCAAGUCCGGACAGCUCACCUAUACCAUCUAUUGUUGUGUGUCCACCCACUUUGGUGGGCCACUGGGUGUACGAGGUGAAGAAGUUUGUGGACAAGCAGUAUCUCAAUCCCCUCAUGUAUGCUGGGCCCCCCGGUGAAAGACAGAGAUUGCAGAAGAAAGUGAAGAAGCACAAUUUAAUCGUUGCCUCCUACGAUGUGGUCAGGAACGACAUAGACUUCUUCAGCACCAUCAACUGGAACUAUUGUAUACUGGAUGAAGGUCAUAUAAUCAGGAAUGGAAAGACAAAGCUGUCCAAGGCGGUGAAGAUGUUGGUGUGCAACCACCGGCUGAUCCUGUCCGGAACGCCUAUACAGAACAAUGUCCUGGACCUGUGGUCUCUGUUUGACUUCCUGAUGCCGGGCUUCCUGGGCACCGAGCGGCAGUUCCAGGCCCGGUACGGGAAGCCCAUCCUGCAGAGUCGCGACGCCAAGAGCACGACCAAAGAACAGGAAGCAGGUGCCCUGGCUAUGGAGUCUCUACACCGACAAGUGCUGCCCUUCGUGCUGCGUCGCCUCAAGGAGGACGUGCUGCAGGAUCUGCCUCCCAAGAUCAUCCAGGACUACUACUGUGACCUCAGUCCCCUCCAGGUGGAGCUGUAUGAGGACUUCGCCCGCUCACGUGUCAAGAAGGGCAUCGACGAGACCCUACAGGAUGACACAGACAAGAAAGUUAACUCUCAGGGAACUACUCAUAUAUUCCAAGCUCUGCAGUAUCUACGGAAGGUGUGCAACCACCCGGCCCUCGUGCUCAACACCAACCACCCCAAGUAUGAGUCCGUCUGUCAGCACCUCAAGCAGCAGAACUCGUCCCUGAAGGAUCUCACACAUGCCCCCAAACUCACAGCACUCAAACAAUUACUGAAUGACUGUGGUAUCGGUGUGCCCAUGUCCACGCCAGGAGGCAGCACUGGUCACCUCGGUACAGAUGUACCUGUUGUCAACCAGCAUCGAGUGCUGCUGUUCUGUCAGCUCAAGGGCAUGCUGGAUAUAGUGGAGAAAGAUUUGCUCAAAUGUCAGUUGCCAUCGGUUACCUACCUGCGUCUAGAUGGGAGUGUCCCUGCUGGCUCCAGACAUGACAUUGUACACAGAUUCAACAAUGAUCCGUCUAUAGACAUGCUGCUGCUCACCACCCAUGUGGGAGGGCUGGGCCUCAACCUGACCGGGGCUGACACCGUUAUAUUUGUGGAGCAUGACUGGAACCCCAUGAAGGAUUUACAGGCUAUGGAUAGAGCUCAUCGUAUUGGUCAGAAGAAAGUGGUAAACGUUUACCGUCUUAUCACCCGGGGCACACUGGAGGAGAAGAUCAUGGGGCUACAGAAGUUCAAGUUGACAAUAGCCAACACAGUGAUCACGCAGGACAACUCUAGCCUCCAGACCAUGGGCACUGACCAGCUGCUUGACCUCUUCACCCUGGGGGACAAGAAGAAGGGGGAGAGUGCAGCCAGUGCAGCCAUGGACAGCAACCUCAAGCGGGAGACCAUGAGAACCAUCCUGGAGAACCUGGGAGACCUCUGGGAUGAGAAGCAGUACGAGAAUGAAUUCAACUUGGACAACUUCAUGAAGUCUCUAGCCAAGUAGGCUCUAUUUGUGAUCUGCUGGCUU